AACACGUUGUCCCCUGCACUGGCAGGCGGAUUCUUAACCACUGCACCACCAGGGAAGUCCCCAGUAAUGAUCUUUUAAGAGAAAGACACAUCUGGUGGCAAAACAUCUUAUAAAAUGACAACUCACAUGCAGGAACCCAGAGCAUCGUGGUGAAAUAAUUAUGGCUAGUACUGAUUAUAAAUCUUGGGAGAGUAUUCAUGAGUUCUGAGUAUGGAGACCCCACCCGGAUGCCCACUAGACUUUUUAAAGGGAUCCGUGGUCAGACAGCUUUAGGAAAUUCCCGUCCAGGACCAAGACUGCUCCCCCACACUCCUGGCAUGACCUUGCCCCCCAUCUUGUGUGGCACCUGCCCACUCCUCCGGGAGCUGCAAGUCUGGGGAAGGACCUCAGUUUCACAGUGACACCAGUUUAUGAAACUCUAGCUGAGACCACUGCCAAGAAGUGCUUGCUCACCCUCCUUCAACGGCAGGGGGAAUCUCCCUCCCCUUUUCAGGGGAACGCUGAAGAAAGGAUUCAUACACGAACCCCAAUCUUCUCACCAACCCCGGCCCACACCUCCCAGCAACUGAACUUAAAAAAAAAAAAAAAAAAAGCUGGUUAAAACCACUUCCUAUAUUUGAGACUAGAGAAGAGAGUGGUAGGCACGAUUUCCUGACUGAACAAACCAGGCUAAUACUUAUAGAGAGCAAGUGCUGACUGUCCUAGAGACGGAUGGACCAGCGAGGAUGACAACCUGGGCGGAUUGAUCCUUCCCCAGCCUCCCAGCGCGACGCCAGCAAGAGGCUGAAAGGAAACCCAGCAUUCUGCAGAGAAGUACCUUUUCUUCCUGGCCCUCACAUCGGCAGCUGAUCCCAGGGGCCCGGACGAUGGAGCCAGGCUUGCUGAUGUGGGGAUUCUUCGUAUUCAUCGUCGUACCUGGCUGCGUGACAGAUGCUUGUCUUGAAGACCCACCGAGUCUCAGAAACGCCAUGUUCAAGGUCCUCAGGUAUGAGGUGGGCACCAUGAUAAACUGCGACUGCAAGAAAGGCUUCCGCAGAAGGUCGCCCUUCAUGCGCUGCACAGGAAACUCCAGCCACUCUGCCUGGGAAAACAGAUGCCACUGCGACAGCACCUCCUCCCCUAAGACUCCAGGAAAACAAGUUACUCCUGGACUCAAAGAACAGAAUGAAGAAACGACCACAGAAAUGCAGAGCCAAAUGCAGCCCACAGGCCAAGCUAACCUUCCAGGUCACUGCAAGGAGCCUCCAACAUGGGAAUAUGAAUGUGAACCUUUGAAGAGAAUUUACCAUUUCAUGGCGGGGCAGACAGUUUACUACCAGUGCAUUCAGGGAUUCAGGCCCCUACAGGGAGGCCCUAUCAAGAGCACCUGCAAGAUGAUCUAUGGGAACAUGAGGUGGACCCAGCCCAAGCUUGAGUGCAUAAGUGAAGGGGAGAACAGUCAGUUUCCAGGUGAUGAAGAGCCUCAGGAGAGCACGGAUGCUCCCCCUGGCAGUGAAACUGAUUUUCCCUUAACAACGAGGAUGGCAGGUACCACAGAUUUCCAAACACCCACAGAAGUGGCUGCGACCAUGGAUACGUUCAUAUUUACAACCGAGUAUCAGAUCGCAGUGGCCGGCUGCAUCCUGCUGCUCAUCAGCAUCUUCCUCCUGACUGGCCUCACCUGGCAGCAGAAAUGGAAGAAGAAUAGAAGGACAAUCUAGAAAACCAAGGGCAAGAAGAACCCGCAGAUGUCAUGGACCACAAUCAAAAUCAAGGCAGCUGAACACUCACCCAAGAGGCAUCUCCUGAUCCCAUGGGUUCUGGAAAGCUCUGAAGUCACAUCACAGGACACCAGGCACCUGCAACCCCAUCGUGAAGCCAGCUCUGUAGUAUCAACGAGCGAGCUUGACCUGCACGUAGGCAGCAAGUCCAAGGUCACUGGAGGAACAGGGAGGAAAAACCAGAACUCUUGGUCCCACUUUCAUGUGUAUGUGUUCAUUAAAGCAUGACCGGCAUGGAACUCUCUCCAUGCCAUGUAUAAUACAAAGGAGAGUAGCUUCAUGCUAAGUUCAUCCCAACUUCCCAGUUUAGAAAUCCCAAGGAACACCCUAGCACUAAUGUAAAUAGACACACACGCUCUCUACCCUAUGUAACUGGACCUUGUUCCUCGGUCCACAUAGGUCUUUUCCCAGCCUCUGGUUGACUAGCCCAUUCUCCUGAUCACAUCCUUUAAUGAAUGCCCCCUAAGAACUCUGGACUGGUAACUAGGAAUGCUUUGGACCUUAGCUCAGUGCUCUAAACUAGCCCCCCUCCACUGAACCUUCAAUUCUGAGUUUCUAAAGAACAGAGUCCAUGGGGGAAUAGUCUUUGGGUAAUACCAAAAGAGGACAACCAAGCCCUUGGAACUGUGGAGCUUCAAUAUUUGAAAAGAUUUCACUGGAGUUAAUGUCAGGAGAAGGGAGAUAAGCUAGAUCCUAGGUAAUGGAUUAUUCCGGUCAAAAAGCUUCAGCUGUACAUGACUAAUGGGCCACUUCAAGAGUUAGUUUCUCUUGGAUUGCUAUAAAUGAUACUCUGUGUUUGGCCAGCACGAAUUUGAUGUUUACAGACAGACACACAAUGUGCAAAUGUGUACAUUUUCAAAGAAGUGUCAUAAAAACACUGAUAAGGGAGCAAUACGUUCAAUGUUUAUGGAAGGAAAGAAAGAAGGAAGUCGGGGUGGAGUGGGGUGGGAGAGCAUGUGAUUAUGGACAAGGUCACACCAGUGAUCCUCAAACUGUUAGCACAACGAUGAGCAAAUCAAAAUCACCUGGAGGCCUUGUUAAAACAUAGAAGGGGGGACUUCUCCGUGCGCCAGUGGUUAAGAAUCUGCCUGCCAAUGUAGGAGACAUGGGUUUGA